AUGCAAAACGAGGAAGUGGAAAUCGCAAAUGAUGCGAGAUGGUUAGAUGAAGAUGAAGAUGAAGAUGAAGUAAGGGAUGAUGUCGAAGUGGAAUCAGAAGCAGGAGAGGUAUUGCUGGAGCCACGAUUCAAGUAUUCCAGAAUCUUAAAUAAUGUACCUGUGAUACUACGAAAAGAUAUGGCGACUUGUUUGGCAAUACAUGACAAAUUUGUUGCUCUGGGAAGUCGUUCUGGAAAUAUAUAUGUUUUCGAUCAUUUCGGAAAUUUGCAUCCCGAAAGUACUGCACGUCACCAUAGAUGUCCUGUUACGAAAAUCUCAAUUGAUCCGACAGGUUCAUACUUCGUAAGUUGUUCUCAGGAUGCUCGAAUAAGCAUUGCAGGAAUCACCGCUACCGAACUUGCUCAAAUCGUUGAUCUGAAAUUAUCUGCUCAAUCAGUAGCAGUCGAUCCAGAUUUCACCAAACGUGGUUCUGGGCAUAUGUUUGUGACGGGUGAAAGAAAUUUAUUAUUGCAUCAACGAACUUUUUUCGGAAAUUACAAAGAAAAAAUUUUAUACGAAGGUAUGGAUUGUGAUGGAAUGAUUAUGCAACUUUCAUGGUAUGAUGCAUAUAUAGCUUUUACUAAUGAAACAGGUACGAGGAUUUUCGACAACUUUUUCGUGCUGUCUAAUAUUGUAUUUCACGUAAUGAUAUCUGUUUCAUUCAUCGUAUCUGCUUUGAAUCUUUAA